AUAUACACUAAGUCCUCCUCUUGUUCUUCUUGUUGUUCAAUUCUUCUAGCUAGCAUUCGGUAUACGAAUUCACUGUUCCAUUCAAAUGGCAUCAAGCUCGAUGAGCCGUGGAGCAGGCAGCACUUGGACUGCCCAAGAAAACAAAGCCUUUGAGAGGGCUCUAGCCAUUUUCGACAAGGACACCCCGGACCGAUGGGCCAAUGUGGCCAGGGCCGUGGGAGGUCGAACCCCAGAGGAGGUGAAAAGGCAUUAUGAAAUCCUUGUGGAGGAUAUCAAAUACAUUGAGAGUGGUAAAGUGCCAUUCCCCUACAGGACCACUGGUUGAACACAAAGGAUGGAGAAAUAAUAUGAAGACAGGAAAUAAAGAGAUGAUGAAUUCUCCUUACCAUGAAGAUUAUAUAUUCAUAUAUAUAAUACAGCAGUAAUUAAUUCUGGAAUCAUAGUAUAUAGUGAUUCUUAUUUUCCUGAUAUUGGACAAAAGUUGUCCAUAUCUAUAAAUUUAUGAAUAGUUAAUUUUCUCAUUACAAUUAAUCCAUAUCAUGUACUGAUAAUUCUUGGGAGGAAAGCAGCUCAUCCAUUCCUUCCAAUCUCUAUUCUCUUCUUCAUAUUAAUAUGAA